ACGAGGGCACAUGGUACGGUCGCGACCGUCGCAGUCGUCCCCGCGAGUGGUACGCACAUGGUAGUGCGGCAAAGUGGAGCGAAGAUAAAUCCGCGGAGGAAGUCGAGGAAGGAUACAGUGAGAGAAGAUAAAAGCGGACAAGUGAGAGAACAAUAUCAAAUUAUACGAGCAAUCACAAAAGGGACUUCCUUCUUUUUCAAAUACAUCGGACACGUUAGAAGAGCGUCAAAGAAAGUUCGUCAAUAUGUCGCAGAGAGAUGCAAAAUGUUAGAAAUAUACUCAUAAACAUGUAUUCAAUUGCGCGAACGUAACCAUGUAUACAAAAAUAGUGACAUUUAUAAAAUUUAUAAAGAUAUUUCUACAAACAUGCACAGUCAAAUGAAGAAUAAUAGCACGAAAGAGAAUACAAAAUAAAUUAAUACUCCGAGGAGCGGAGAGAUUCAUCGUGUUUCAUAUUUCAUUUAUUUCCUUUCUUAUAUUUCCGAUUUGAAAAAAUCGCGCCGAAAGAAAUACGUGCGCCAGGGAAGGUCGGAGAAUACCGGGGGCGCAGUGUAGAGGGAAGUAUGCGACGAUCGUCGCUCAUUUACGCAGGUACGCACUUUCGGUAGUGAUUCGGCGCGUGUCCGGCAGCGUGAUGUGAAAAGUUCGGUUCCGUGCCAAUUAUGACAUGUGCGUUGCCGUGAACGUUCUUGUCGAUCAAGUUUCCGCGAGUUUCGUGCCCCGAACAUACACGCAGUGCGCUCUCUCCCCGACAUCACUUGGAUUCUAGAACAGUUCUACCACGUCAUGGGGGGUAGCCCGCAGGUAUCACAGGAAGACGAGAGGUAAAAUAGCUGAAGCCGUGACGGAGCGAGCCGAAGGCUGGAGCUGAAGGAAUCCGCUGACUUACGACCUCGGGAUCGCGCUGCGGAACGGCAACUCGACUGUCACGAAGACUCGAGAGACGAGAGGGACUGGCCGCAACCGCGAGAGCCGGAGUUUCCCGUUACUGGAUCCCCGUGGGUGGAGGGGAAAAAGAACUACGAUCUGUCCAUCCGGCGCGGGAUUUUGCGAAUCUCACGGUCUCCCGAGACAAACGGACCAGGUGGGCAACGACUGGCAUGAUAAUCUUCGAUUAAUUCCACAUCACUUUAUCGACGUAAAGCAACCGAUCGAGCAGAACGACAGCAAAAAAUGGUGUACCGAGGCAGUUUGCAGACGGACGACCCGAGAGAUGCGCCGAAGCUGGUCAGGAUGUCUCCGCUCCGCAGCAGCAGGCCCAUCAACCCCGCUCCGAAUUUGCGAGCCGCCUGUUCCGCUAAAGGCCCGAUCGGUCACAGCUCGUUCGCGGCGCCGAUCGACGUCAAUCGGGCGCGACUGAUCGAGGAGAGACGUUUGGGCCGCGAAAGGGACAUCGAGUCGGUCGAGAGGGUGAUCGUGAAGACUACCGGCAUGAAGAUCGGGGCGCCUAAACUGCGUAACAUCAAUGAGAUUCGCGAAACCAUUUUCGUGGAUCAGUCUUUAACGCCGACCGACAAGAUCGGUAAGACAGAGUCGAAGAAUCGGCCGCGCAGCGUCACCGUCGGCCUCGACGAGAGCAACGCCAGGAUACCGAGAACCCACAGCUCUCUCUUAGCGGACCUGAAGGAUCUGGAGAGGUUGAGGAACACUCCGCCGACGCAGAGGAAUCAAAGAAGUCCUUCCAAAAUGGACAAGACGGAAUCGAAGUCGCCGAUGAUUCUUAACAAGAAGUGCGAGGUACCGACUUCCGCUAAGAUUCGCUCGGACAUCUUCCGGAUCCAGCAGAUGUUCCAUUCGUCGGAACCCUCGUCCAGAGUGGUAACGAAAAGCGGCAACGAUAGGAAGAUUAAGAGCGACUCGGAGAAAGAGGAGAGAAAGCCCGUGACGGAGAUCAACAAAACCCGCUUGUUGGCGCAGAAGCUGCUGGAGGCGUCUAGGAGUAACCGAGAGUCUGCGAAGGAUCGUUGCAACAAUCCGAGAAACGUGUUCAACAGGUCAACGAGCAAGGACGCGAACGGAAGGAUCUUGAGCAAAGCACCGGCACAGAAGAUCCCGGAGAAGGAGCUGGGGGAGAAGCAAAGGGACAAGGUGGAAACGGGUUCGGAGGAUGAACAGCCGCAUCCGCCCGCUCGCAGACGGAGGAACUCGAAGAGUCGGGGGUGGAAGGACGCAAAUUACUCGGCGGACGAGUGGUCGCGGGAGGAUCGACGAGGUGUCCGCGAUCGCGAUCGCGAUCGCGAGGAGGACUCGUCGAAUGGCGCGAGUGCGGAAGAGAAUUCCAAGGCCAGUUCUAAUCCGGAAAGACCGGAUAUUCUGGACGGGCUCGUGAAAGAGUCCAACCGGCAACUGGCGGACCUGAGGAACGAUCUCGGCGAGAGGGGACGCUCGCGGAGUCACUGGCGAGGUUUCGUGCAAUCCAUGCGGCUGCACGACGUGGAGCUUCAUUCGGACAGCGAGGACCAGCGGAAGGACUUGAACCUGUGGAACAAGAGUAUCAGCCAGCGUUGGCGGAAGCUGCGAAGACGAUGCUCCGUCCAGGAGUCAUCGGAGCCGCAGGAGGCGUUGAUACAGGGUGGGACGACUCAUGGUGUUAUACAAGCGGUGAGAUCGACACCGGCUAGCAGGGAAGCCUCGCCGGCGGCGAAGAGUCUCCAGGAUGGCAGCUCGCCGAAGAAACUGCUGCAGACUAGUUCUUUGAGGCUACCAGGCACGACCAAGGGCAUCGCCGACAUCCAGCAUGUCCUUCGCAGCAAAUUCAGCAAGAUAAACGCGGGCAUCAGGAAGCGGAAGGCUCUCAGCGUGACGGAGGUGUUUCCGCAGCAGAAAGACAAUGCGUCCAACUUCUACGUGCCAAGUCCGCUCACCUCGUCGUCCAGUCAGACCUUUGAGGAGAAUUACGACUCGAGCGAGCCUGCGUCUCUGCCGCCCUAUCCUUUUCACGACAAUCUCGAGACCUUGACGGAGGGCAGUGUACCGAACUCUCCGCAUUGUGCCAGCCCGCUCAAUGGCAAUGGCGACACUUUCACUUAUUCCCAAGAGGCCUACGAUCAGAAGGAUCUCUACGAGAACGUGGUGUUCCCCAGGUCCACGCCGUCUUGCUGUCCCAGAACUCGUUCAGUGCUCCAACGCAGCAACUCGGAGAAUCGUGCCGACGUCAACGUGCACGAUCAUUCUUAUGAGAAUGUACGCUUCCAGCGAGGCGGUCAGCGCGACGACCUGGCGGCAUCCGGCAGCCCUUACGUGGGUAGACACCUUGGCAGGAGUAAUUCCGAGACCAGGGAGCAUUCGUACGAGAACGUACACUUUCAGAAAAACGCGAAGACCAGGAACCAGUCGGCGCCGUCAUUCGAGGAGAUACACAUACCCAGGGUGACGCCUAGGAAGCGCUCCACCGACUUCAAGGUCGGCGGGCAGGUGAACAAUUACUCGGCCGAGGCCACGUUGGCCGCCGGCGGCAACAAGGAGGACGGACCGUCCAGUCUGGGUAUGGACAGAAGUCCCGGCAAGAGAAACACGAAGAGGCUCAACAGCAGGAGCGUCGCGAACAUUCCCAGCUCUUCGGGAGCGAACUUGAAGACUUGGCAAGGUACUCAAGACGCGGAUGAAGGUCUGAACACGGACUCAGAGCUCGAGGACAUCGACGAGGCCGCCGAAGGCGAAGAAUCGCGUUUCUGUACCUUGCCAAGACCCGGUAAGGGCGGCGCAUCCUUUACGAUACUGACUGCCAGAUUUCUCAAGGGUCCUGGGCAUAAGGGACUCGGCUUCAGUAUCGUUGGCGGUACCGACAGUCCUCGAGGAAACAUGGGGAUCUACGUGAAAACUGUUUUCCCUAAUGGUCAAGCCGCUGACUUGGGCACUGUUAAAGAAGGGGACGAAAUUUUGUCGAUAAAUUCGAAACCUCUUCACGGUAUGACCCACGCCGAGGCGAUCGCCGAAUUCAAGUCUGUGAAGGCCGGAGACGUUGUACUGCACGUGGGACGUCGCGUAAACAGGAAGAAGAGAGAAUCUUUGACUCUGGCGCCGGUCAAUCCCGUUCCGAGGCAACCCGUCAAGUGAAUUUACCCUUUUCUCGUGUUAACGUUGAAUCUCGAACUUCUACGCAAACUCGAUCUUCCACACUACGCGAAUAUUUGCUGUUUAGUAGAAAUAACGAUUAUUAUUGCUGGCAAUGGUACACGUGAGAUCGCAGCAGACUGUGCAGAGGCAGCGCGAGCGUGCGAUUUGAAUUGUUUUGACCCUCAAUUCGUGAGACGAAGUUAUGUGAAAUUUUUAUUUCAGAUUAUGUUAACCUUCUUCCUAAUUUGUCUCCUUUGUCAAUUAAAGAAGCUAAAGUUACACACGUAAAAAUUGAUCGAUUUAAUACGAUGUUUUAGAGGCAAGGCGGUUACGUAUGUAAGUUCUAGGUUGUAUGAUCGAACACGUUUUAUCAAUUAUCACACUUUUAUAUGAUACGAGGGAGAAAGAGAGAGAGCUGGAUCCGUUCUUUUCUAAUGACACAUUUCAUGCAUUUUCUUUCUUUUCUGUGCUCUCUAUUUGUUUUAUUCAUCGUGUGUUAAACACAGAGAUUAUAAUGCGCUGUAUUUGAAGAAAAAAAACGAAUCUGUAUCGUGUCAUGAUUUCAGGGUUAAGUUUAAAGAUGAAACGGGGAAGUUAUUUCGCGCGUGGUUUACAUUAAAAUUUGUCAUCGUAUGUUUGGAUCCUGUCAGGACAACGAGAAAUGUUUAUACAAUGAGAAAAAAUUGUAUUAAAAUUAAACAAAUAUUUGUUUGAAUACGACUGUGAAUACAUUUAUUUAAAUUGAGUAAUUAUUUUCUAAAAUUCAAGAAAAAAGUUUACAUUUAGAGAGAACCUCUGUAUCUCAUUUUAGAAUUCAUUUUAGAAUUAGUCGCUUAAUUUGAAUAAAUGUAUUCACAGUCGUAUUCUAACAAAUGUUUGUUUAAUUUUAAUAUAAUUUUUUCUCAGUGUACGGUAGCCAAUCGAGGGCAUUAUCAGGAGUGAACGUUUUUUCUCUUACGUCAUCAAAUUAAGAAUAAUGCAAAAUUGUAACGAUUGUUCUUCGCGAUAUUUGACACGUGCGAAGAGAGAAUGGGUUAGUGAUAAACAAUGUCUCACGCCGAUCUGAUAAACAUAUAUAAUCAAACAGUGAGGCAGACGCUGUCGAAUCAAAACGCGUUUUAAUCGUACAAUGUGACCGACCUGCUCGGCAUCCGCUAUAUCGAACCUUAAUAUUUAUCGAUAAUUCGUAAUCACUAUCUAAUACUACGUAAAAUUAGUAGGAGCUUCGGUGCAAUGGAGGAUCGUUCGAGCUUUCGGCUCGAUUGCAUUUUUCGGCUUUGCUCACGCGGAUAUAUAAAUCCCGAAGAAAAUUAAUGAACUAAUAACUCGAGGGAAAGUCGGCUUUGGUAAGAUUAAAAUAAAGAUCUAAUCGUUCGAGUCAGAAAUUAACUUCAUCAUUCUGUUUCGUACUGUGAGCGGUGCAACGAAAUGACGAAUAAGUUCUAUGUUGAAUUCCGUCUGAUUCGUCUUCUUUUAACGGGGAAAUAUUUCCCAUGAAUUUAUACAUUCGGGUUGCGGUUUUAUAUACUGGAGAUUGUCUCCGUGAAUGACGGUAGAGUUCAGACGAUGAUGUACGUAAUAUUGCGCAACGAAGUCCUCCAAUUAGUGAUUAACAGACGACUUAUUUUUGUAAGGCGAACGAGAAUCUUCCGCGGUUUUUGUACAAUUAACGAACGAGCGAGCGAAGCGAUGUUUGUUCGCGUGUAUGCCAAAUCAACGAAAUGAACGGAAUCGAACGAAGUACCCAUUAUCUCAGAUGACCUGACCGAUAUAAUAUGUAUACCUGCAUCGCAAAAGUCUAACUUUGUCUGUGAAACGAGAAUUUCCGACUGAAUUUUCUAAUAACACGUAGAAAUUCGUGUUAUAUACAAUGUACACAUUAAAAGAAAAAAAAAAAUACAUUAAAAAUACAAUUUGACGAUCUCCUGUCAGUUUUAACAACGCCAUACAAUUUCCUUUCGCUCGGACUUUUGCGAUUAGGUGUAACAGGAUGUCCAAAGUCCAAGUAAUCGCAGCGUUAAGGAAGGAAUUAUUUUUUAACCGUAGACUAACGAAGAUCGCCCAAAGAUGAAGCCCAAAAAAUAUUUUUACUACGAAAAUGAGAGACAUGUGUAGAGAGAGAGAAAGCGCAUAUCUAUAUAUACUAUAUAUACAUAUAUAUAUAUAUAUUAUAUAUUUUGACAAAGCGAGCGAGACGCGCGUUUAUUUUAAGAGGAAGUAACAUUCUUAGUAUCUAGUCCAUCUCUGUAAUAUUUCCUUUUGAGGGCUUUUUCAAAACCGCGACACGACGAAAGGAAAACGAGAAAAAAAUAUAUAUAUACGCGCGCAUAUAUAGGUAUAUAUAUAUAUAUAUACAGUGAUAUAUACACACAUAAUAAUUAUAUAUUUCUUAUAUACAUUUUUCAAGGUGUAACGAAUCUUAAUAAUCAAGUAAUAAUAAUAAUAAUUGAGGUUUAAGAUCGCUGCUAAUCUGGCGAUGUUACAUCGCGAAAGUAACGUGUGCUCCGCGGAAUAUUUAAACAAUGAGAAUGACUAUUCCGAAAGCGUCCCUUUUGUUCAUUAACAGGCGUGGACGUUGACGGGUGGAUAAUAGUAGCGAAACAGUGAAAACUUGAGAUGUAAUCAGCGACUUGUCACAGGUCUGACAUUCUGCUUGAAGUAAUAUGUAUUACUUGCUUCGUUGCUUUAGGGACGACAUACGUACACAAUGUUGUACGAAGAAAUUGUGCACUAUUUAUAUUGCGCUCGUUCGUGAUUCAGGAUCAUGGGAGCAAAUGAUCCUGACACAUAUCUAGUUGUAAGGAAUUUAUGAAUCGAUACACGUACAAUUCCGGCCAAGGCGGCUGACACGCAGCUCUUUUUCGUCUUCCAGACUCCGUAAUGUCAGUGAUUCUUUUGUAAUAGAUCUUUCCGACCGUGCAAUCGUCCUCUUGCUAAUUUAGGCGAGAUGUACACUUGAAAGUUUCCAUCUGAAUAUUAUUUGCGAAUUUUUACAAAUAUACACAGAUAAGCAAAAA